ACGCGGGCCGCCCGCCCCCGCGGAAAGAGCCGCCGCCCCGCGCGGAGAAGGAAGAAGUAAGGCGCCGGGGGGCAAACGCCGCCGAGGCGGACGCCGCCGAGCUGCCUCCCCCCGCCUGCUCGGAAAUAUGCGGCCGGGCGAGCACGCCCCGAGCACCCGCCCCGGCGGCCCACGCGCUCCGGCCCGCGCCCAGGUGCGGCCGCCUCCCGCCGCGGAGCUGCGCGGCGCGGGCGCGGCCUGCCGGGGAGCCGCGCGGGCGCGGUGCGCCGCGGCGGGCCGGGCCGGGCCGGGCCGGGCGGGGUGUGGAGGCAGGCGGGCAGGAAGGAAGGGAAGGAAGAGAAAGCGAGCGAGCGAGCGAGCGAGAGGAGAGCCAGAAAGAGGAGAGAAGCAGAGCCGGGCGAGCCGAAAGUCCGGGUUUUCUCUCCUCUGCCGCGGUGCGUGUCGCCGAGGAGGUUUGCAGUCUCAAAAAAAAAAAAAAAAAAAUCAUUGUGCACUGAAGAGGACCUACUUGUGAAGAAACUGAUUUUCUCUGUUGGCUGACUAGACAACUAAUUUGUGGAGAGUUUUGUUGCUAGGGAAUAUGCAUACAUCCUGACUAUAUUUCUACAUGACUGUGUGGGGCAAUAUUCGGAAUGAAGCUGUCAUCAUGUCUUCCAUGGGCAAUGGCACUGAUAUUGAAGAAUUCUUGGUCAACAUUAAUUUGGGACAGUAUCUUCCUAACUUUAAAGAAUAUGGCUAUAACAUUGUGACAGAUUGUGUGGGAAUAAAUGACAGUGUGCUUCAGCAAAUGGGAGUGUUGCCUACAGGGCACCGCAGAAGGAUUCUUAAGCAGUUAGAUGCCACUUUUUCAAAAAUGCAAGAAAAUCUAAAACUCAAAGACUUGAAAGGAUUAGAGGAGAAGCAAUGUUCAUCCUUGGAUCAGGAGUCCUCAAUAAACAGUUUAAAUAUAGAUGGGACUACAAAAACUAGCUUGAUAUCUGCAACAUUGUCAAUACAACCUGCUAAUAAAACUUACAUUGGUAAAGAAAAGUUUGAACUUGCAGAGCAAAACUUAUGGGAGGCGGAAGAUGGUAGCUUUACAGAUUUGGAAUUUUCUAGUUUAUACCAGAAUUCAGACAGCAUACUAAAAGCUAUCAAUCUAAGUAGAAGUAUUGAGAUGAAUGCUCAGCCGGAUGCAUCACUGGAAGAAGCUGCUGCAUACCAAGCUGAUGAGCACUUGGAUGGCUGUUCAUUUUCCCAUCCUCCUUCUUCAUUUGACUAUUCAUGUGAGACAAAAUCCAGUGAAAACAAACAGCUGAUGUUUGCAGAUGAGGACCAUUUAUCUGACAGUGAGCCAAAUUCUCCAUUCAUUCAGUUUAAAGGAGAAAUGAUAGACAAUGACUUGUAUGAUUCUUAUGCACAAAGCUGCGUGAAAGUGGUUCCAAGAGCAAGCCGGUCUUUUAUUUUAAGGCAUCGACCUGUUCCAGAAAUCCCAGAUUCAAGUAAAGCUGAAACUUUAUCAAGUUCCCUUCAGAAAAGAAGAAAUGUGGAUCUUUUAAAUAUAGCCUGUACUGGAAGACAGAUUUCACAGAAAAAAACUCUCACAGAAGAAAAGCCACCCAUCAUCUCUCCAUAUGGAGAAACCUUUUUUUGCAACAACCCUAAAUAUGCUAACGGUACUCUGAAGGCUGUACAUUUAAUCCAGAAAACAAGUAUUGACAUUAAAGACAGACUAACAAUGGAACUUCAAAGAAGUGAAUUCUUGGAUUAUGAAAAGAAGUUGGAUCUAGAAAUGAAUGAAGAACACUCUUUUCCCAAGGAUCUAUGUUCCCUUAGUAACCAGGAAAAGAAGACAAAGGAUUGUGUGAAAAAUGAAGCUCUGUCUCAGGAGAACAAAUCAGUGGUACCAGAAGAACUUGAAAGUGAAUCUGUUUAUUCUUUUGUGGAGCAACGUUCUUUGCCUUUAAAGAAAAGGAAAAAGAAAGCCAAACCCCAUUCGUCAUCAUUUAGUAAAAUCCAUGGUGGAGAUUCAAAUUGCUUGGUCAGUGAAGAAAUGCAUUUUCGGACAUCCAAUGGAGAUCCAACUUCAACUGCAAACGAGACAAUAACACCAUAUGCUUGUUUUUAUGGACCAUCAGCAAAGAGGGUUAAAGCAGGAUGGCUGGAUAAAUUAUCUCCUCAAGGCAAACGAAUGUUUCAGAAACGAUGGGUUAAGUUCGAUGGAGACAGCAUCUCCUAUUACAAUAAUGAAAAGGAAAUGUUCUCUAAGGGAAUAAUCCUUCUUUCUGCUAUAGCAACAGUAAGAGUUCAUGGGGAGAAUAAAUUUGAAGUUGUCACAUCCGACAGGACUUUUGUCUUCCGGGUGGAUAAAGAAGAAGAGAGGAAUGACUGGGUUAAUACGAUGCUCAAUGCCUUGAAAUCGCAGUCUGAUAAUAACUCUAAGCCUCGAACUUCUGUUGCCCCUGAGAAAAGUGGAUAUCUUGAACUGAAAGGAUACAAAGCCAAAAUCUUUAUUCUGCUUCAGGGGAAUACAGUGUGGAUCUGCAAAAAUGAGCAGGAUUUUAAGACAGGAUUUGGCAUUACUUUGAUCCCUAUGAAUGUGGCGAAUGUAAAACAAGUGGAUCGGACUGCAAGGCAAUCUUUUGAAAUAAUUACUCCCUAUAAAAGCUUUAGCUUUACAGCAGAGUCGGAAAGAGAGAAACAAGACUGGAUUGAAGCACUGCAGCAAUCGAUAGCAGAAACUCUGUCUGAUUAUGAAGUAGCUGAGAAGAUUUGGUUCAAUGAGUCAAACAGGAGCUGCGCUGACUGUAAAGCUCUUAAUCCUGACUGGGCAUCCAUCAAUCUCAGUGUUGUCAUUUGUAAGAAGUGUGCAGGACAACACAGAUCUCUCGGACCGAGAGAUUCAAAGGUCCGGAGCCUAAAAAUGGAUGCCAGCAUUUGGAGCAAUGAACUUAUUGAGCUCUUUAUCAUCAUUGGAAAUAAGAGGGCAAACAGUUUUUGGGCUGGAAAUCUUCCUCCAGAUGAAGAGCUGCACAUGGAUGCCCCUGCAGAAAAAAGGAUAGCUUUCAUUACACAAAAAUACAAGGAGGGAAAAUUCAGGAAAGCGCCUUUUCUCUACAAAACCAAAGAACAGUUGAAUAAGGCCCUGUGUGCUGCAGUAGUUAAACAUGAUGUGCUGGAAACUCUGAUGUUGCUGUUUAGUGGGGCUGAUGUUAUGUGUGCCACUGGAGAUCCAGUUUACAGUACUCCGUACUUAUUAGCCAAGAAAGCUGGACAAAGACUACAAAUGGAAUUCCUCUACCAUAAUAAGUUCUCAGAUUUCCCAAACUCUGAUACUUGUUUUGAAAGUGGCUUCUCUCAAGAUUCUUCACAUUCCACCUUUCUUUGUGAAUUUUUAUACAAAGUUUCUUCUAAUACUGCUAAGCUGCUUACAGAGAAGAAAUUAAAAGAAGAUUGCAACAGAAGAUGGUGCACGUUGGAAAGCGGCUUUCUAAGCUACUAUGAAAAUGAUAAAGCUACCACUCCUAAUGGAAUGAUUGACAUCAGUGAAGUUAUCUGUCUUGUAGUGCACAAGUCAGACUUCUUUUUAAAUAGAGGGGACAUCUUUACCUUUGAAAUCUACUUAAUGUCAGAACGUGUUUUUCUAUUUGGAGCUGAAACUGCAUAUUCACAAAGAAAAUGGACUUGGGCAAUAGUUAAGCAUUUUGUUCCCCCUGUGGCUGGAUGUUUACUGGAGAGAGACUGUGACCUCAUUGGGCAGCUGUACUACAAGGACUGUCAUAACCUGGACCAGUGGCGCAAGGGCUGGUUUGCUCUAGACAAGUCAAGCCUGCAUUUUUGUCUUGAAAUGGAGAAUGCUCAAGAAGACUCGAUAUAUUUAAGGAGGCUGCAAGAACUAACAAUCAGUAGUAUGAUGCAAAAUGGAGAGAAAAUAGAUGUCCUGUUGCUCGUUGAAAAAGGAAGAACACUGUACAUCCAUGGUCAUACGAAGUUGGAUUUCAUGGUCUGGUAUACUGCAAUUGAAAAAGCAGCAGGUACAGAUGGUAAUGCCUUACAAGAUCAGCAGCUCAGCAAAAAUGAUGUUCCUAUUAUAGUGAACAGCUGCAUAGCAUUUGUUACACAGUAUGGUUUGGGUAGCAAAGAGAUCUAUCUCAAGAAUGGCAAUUCUUCCAGUGUGGCUGAACUGCUAGAAAGCUUCAAAAAAGAUGCAAGAAGUGUUAAACUAAGAGCUGGAAAACAUCAGCUUGAAGAUGUGACUGAUGUACUGAAAAGUUUUCUUUCCCAAAUAGACGAUGCACUUCUCACUAAAGAACUUUACCCAUUCUGGAUCUCUGCUUUAGACACACAGAAUGAAAAGGAACGUGUGAGGAAGUAUGGAGCUUUUAUUCGGACACUUCCGUCAGUCAAUAGAGCAACUUUGGCUGCUUUGAUUGAACACCUUUACAGGGUGCAGAAAUGUUCUGAAAUCAAUCAUAUGAACCCUCACAAUCUAGCCAUGGUGUUUUCCUCAUGCUUAUUUCAAACUGAAGGCCAGACUAGUGAAGAAGUCAAUGUAAUUGAAGACCUAAUUAAAAAUUAUGUACAACUUUUUGAUAUUAAUGAAGACCAGGUCAAACAAAUGGAUAUUGAGAACAGCUUUAUUACGAGGUGGAAAGACACUCAGGUUUCCCAGGCUGGAGAUUUGCUUAUUGAAGUUUAUGUGGAAAGAAAAGAGCCAGACUGCAGUAUUAUAAUCAGGGUAUCGCCUUUGAUGGAAGCAGAAGAAUUAACUCAUGAUGUUUUAGGAAUCAAAAACAUCAUUCCUAACAAAGAUGAUAUCUGGACUGUUUUUGAAGUAAUUGAAAAGGGAGAACUAGAACGUCCUCUGCAUUAUACGGAGAAUGUGCUAGAGCAGGUUCUUCACUGGAGUUCACUACCGGAGCCUGGCACCGCAUAUCUAAUAAUAAAGAAAUUUCUCACAGCAGACAUGAUAAAACUCUACACUGAGAAAAACAUGAAAGACAGUAUGAAAGCAGGCUAUCUGAAGUACAAAGAAGAACCAUCAAAGCUACUGUCUGGAAACAAAUUUCAAGAACGGUAUUUUGUGUUACAGGAAGGAAACUUGCUUCUUUACAAAGAUAUGAAGGCUAGCAAACCUGAGAAAGUGUUGCCUGUCAAUUCCUUGAAGCUUUAUCUUGGAGUGAAAAAGAAAAUGAAGCCACCAACAAACUGGGGUCUUGCAAUAUUUUCUGAAAAGCACCAGUGGCAUAUAUGUUGUGAUGGACAAGAUGCGCAGAUGGAGUGGCUGAUCAGUAUUUUUACAGCACAGUAUGUAGAUAUAUGGCCACCUGCUGGAAAAGCACGAAAACAGUCUAUAACUAAAAGUCCGAAGAUCGGAGGUUUACCACUAAUUCCCAUUCAACAGGGGAAGAACACCUGUAAAAUCGGAGGGAGUACAGAGAAUAUAGAAUUGGAAUCUGGGAAACCAGGACUUGUUGAGCAUCAUGAAGAUGACUCCCUGGAAGAAAGAAAAAACUUGAAAGAAAAAGCAUCUAUUGUGGCACAGUGUUUGGAUCGCAAGGAGGAUGAAGUGCGAAAUCAAGCAAAAAAACAUCGGAGCUUGAUCUGUGUGGAGGACAUAGGUGUAGGUAGGACUGACGAACGCCAAAGACCGUAUAAGGAAACAAAGGCACUGAAGAAAAACAAGAACAAAACAAACAAGACUACUUUGGAUAAGGAUAACAAAUUGCCAUCAAAUGUGAUUCAGGAACUAAAUACGGUGCUGCAGAAAAACAGAGCACUUCAUGAUGAAACUUCCAGCUGAUUUCUUAAGUUUAAAAAAAAAAAAGUAAUAUAUGUAUUUAUAUAUAUAUAUAUAUAUACAUAUAUAUAUACACACACACACACACAUACAGGCAAAAAGUAGUCUUUUUUGAAGUGUACAGUUUGUACAGUGAGGAGGAAGUAUAAUUUGUUUUCAUGCAGCUGUUGAUUUUGUAUAUGCUUAUGCCAUGUUAUAAUUUAAGAUUGAACUGAGAGAACUGAUUAUGUAACAGUUCAGAAAUUUGGAAGUUUUUGCUGUUCCGUGCAAUGGUACCAGGGUUUUGUCCAUCAUUUCUUAAUGCAGAUUUAAAGUUAGAUGUAAGAAUUGUAAGCACUAGUAAAAGCUUUUGCUCUGUUUAUAUUCUGUACCAUCUUGUAAGUCCUGAAGAAAUAUUUUUGGAAGGAAGAAGAGAUACACACUGAAAUUCACAGCACUGGUCUGCAAUGUUUUUAAUUGCCUAACACUAUAUAAAAAUAAGUAGCUUAUCUGCUUUGAAGAGUAAUUUUUACAUGUAAUUUCUUCUGUAUUUAGGAAUAAAAUGAGUCUUUUUCCAUAGGUUUGUCCUCUGCCAGAUUGGCCUGUGAAAGAAUCAAAAAUGGGAGGGAUGUAGUAGAUAAGACAGUGUAUUAGUUGUUCUUACUAAGAACUGUGUCUAUAUGGUGUACAUCUGAUUAUGGCACCUAGACAAUGAAAAAAGAACUGAGGAUGGCAAAAAGAAUUCUUCCAAGCAACUUCAUUUAAUUUAAUGCAUAUAUGAAUUUGAAAGAUAGCAUCAUCUCUUUGAUCAACAGAUUGAAGUAAUUUUAUAAAUAGGAGCUGGGUAGCUCAGGGUCAGGAAGGCAGACUUUUCCAUCAGUAGGUCAGUGUCUGGAUGUGGCUUGUUUGGUGCUAACAAAGUUGCUGCUAGCUGAUGAAUAUUUAAUAGUCCCAUGAAAAAUAAAUUUCCUCAGGAAAAAUGGUCUCCACACAAAUACAUCCAUCAAAAGGGUACUAAUUCACUCAGUUAAGGAGUGCCAAUUACUAAGCGUGCGAGGAGAUUAACCUCUCCUCUAUCAAUAGGACAAGGUCGAGCAAUAUGCUGCUCGCAGGGACUAUGCAGUGCUUGUGCUGCUGCUGUAAUUCUUCGGCCUGUGAGGAUAGGUCGCAAGGUUGGGACAACAGCCUUCGACCGCCUCACGCUUGUGCUCUCCGCCUACGUAGGCGAGCAGUUCCAGCAAGCACCUGCAGCUACUUGCUUGGGUUUUUAAGCUGGGAGUUCCUUAAGCUUAAAGAUGAGAAUCUGUCACUUUGUUUAUUUGUUUUUGUUUAUGUGAGCAAUGAAAAGAAGCUUUGUUUUCUUCAGUUUCGUGGCUCUCACCUUUACUUGUCCCAUGGGAUUUCCUCCUUCCUCUCUUGCAGCGUAUCCUGAUUUUUUUACUUCGUAACAGCUGGAUAGACGAAAGGGAGCACUGUGCUGGGCUCUUCAAGUGAGACGGGUGCUGGCUGGCUAGGCAGCAGGACAGAGGAUGCUGAGCUCUCUGCCGCGUUUCCUCAGUGGGGGCAUGCACAGCAGCGUCUGCUUGCUUUUGCCGCUGUCCCUUUUGUGGUCUCAUUAGCCACUCUGCUUUGCCACCGACUUUCUUUCUUUUUCUUUUUUUUUUUCUUUGUGACUGUUUAAGAGCUUACUGACACCUUUACUCAUCUGUCAAAUUUAAGUGUAAUUGUCCAAACCUGUUAGGGUGGAACAAAAAAUUUAUCUUGUUUCCUUGGAAAUUGUUUUAAAUCGUCCUUUGUAUUUCAGAGGAAAAAAUCAAUUUAAUCAACAUCAAUGACAUUUGAUUUUAUUAAGAUAUUUUUGAAAAUGCUUUAUAUUGCCACUGAAUUUCUUCCCAUAUAGAAGCAGUAUUCUCAUUCAUCCCCUCUCCUAUUUCUGGUAGUCACAGAUGUCAUAACACUUCUCACAUCAGUUCCUUCCAUUCUUGGUUGCACUGAGUAGCUUCUUUGGGAAGAAGUUUGUUUGGUUGAAGAAAUUACGCAAGUUACUCAAUGUAUUUGGUGACUUUGCUAGGAUGUAGAGGGAAAGUGAGAGCAAAAUCAAAUGCUUUAUAGUGUUUCAGAUUUAUUCUUCUGGAAUGUAGCACUGGCAAAGUUUAGUCUUUCACACUUUGCUCUUAUCACAUUUGACCAGUUGUUAAAUCUGAAACAAGCUUGUACAUUUUUACUUUCCCAGUGCACUAUUGAUUGUUUUGUUACUCUUAAUUUGUAAUUGAGCCUAUUCUAAUCAUUGAGGCCCAGGCUCAAGAAAGCAUAGAAGCCUGAAUUUCAAUUGUGUUGACUAAAGCUAGUGCUUAAUGUUACUAAGCACAUUCUUAAAUGCUGGAUUGAAUCAGGGCCUAAUGCCACUGGGAGAAGUCACUUUACUUUCUGUCUGAGGCUGGACCUGAAUGUACUGUUUACAUUUAGACAUUUAUUUGCAAAUUUUUUUUAGUAUUGAGUCAUGGUUGCUGUAUUGAUUAUCUUUUCAUUGGGUUGUUAAGAAUGGCAUUCACCUCACUGCUGAAAGCCCCCUGCAUCAUUUAAGCCCUACACUAAUGGAAUAAAUGAAGCAGUGGAAGGGUUUUAUGCAUUGGCGUGAACAUGUCAAUACAGAAAAAGUUUUGUGUAUUUGUAUUGGACCUAUGGACUACAAAAAGACUUGUUCUAUUUCAAAAGCAGAUCACAGAUAUAGUAUCUGUAUGGCUGCUGUUAAAGGGCCUUAAAAUCAAAGGGAAAAGAUGUUUACUACAAUAUGUUUAAAUGAUUAGUUUUCAAUUACAGUUGCACUGUCUUUAAAGCUGUUGAAUCCUCAGUGAAAAUACUGUUUUAAUGUUUUCUACAUGCAUUUGGUUUUGUAUGUGUGUAUACAUACACACGUUAUAUAUGUGUAUGUGUAUUCAGUUAUGCACACAUACACAGAGACACAGUGAAUGGCGACAGUGUUAACUUACAGAAAACUUCUAUGGGAAAAGUGAAAUUUGUAAGGAAUCAUUUUGAAUAGGGAUCAGAGAUUUGCACCAAUUACCUGUUAAAUCACUGUUGCACUACACAUUUCAGACUGAUUUAAGACCUGAAGAAUAAAUGUGGUGGUUGCUGCAAUACCUUAAUGGCUGCUGAUCUUCUAUUGUUCCUGUGCCAUGCUGUGGAAUGGUAAAGGGAGUGUAAUUUUCAGAGAAUAAAUGGUAAUUCUUUGAAUGAAUGCUACUUCUCUUAACUAGGUGAUGGCAUUUCUUCAGAAAAUAAGUCAAUAAAAAUAAUAAUAAUAAA